AUGCACUCUUCAAUUUUAACUCCAAUUUCAAUCAUUUUUUGCAAAUCUUUUUGCUCAAAUUCAGUUCCAAACAGCUGGAAGUUAGCUAAUAUUACAUCUAUCAACAAAAAAGGUCAAAAAACUAACUCUGAAAACUACCGCACAAUCUCAAUUAUAUGCAAAAUAAUUAAACAACUUGUUAGAGAUACAAUGCUUAAACAUUUACUUUCAAAAAAUCUUCUUGACGCAAACCAACAUGGUUUUACACCUAGUAAGUCUUGUUUAACCAAUUUAUUCGAAUCAUUUGAUUUGAUUACCCACGCUAUGGAAUCACGUUAUGAUGUUGUAGUUUUGCUUGACUUUGCCAAACAUUUGAUAAAGUUAAUCACUCGCUACUUAAAAAAGUUUGUACGUGUGGUUUUGACAAAUAUAUCUGCCAGUGGAUAA